GGCGCGCCCCUGCGCUCAGAGCCAGGCCCCUCGCAAACACGCGCCUGUCCAGGGACACACGCCCGGUGGGCCCGACCUGGACACACGCGGGCCCUCUCCCGCUCCGCUACCGCUCACGCAGGAACGCACAUGCGGCGCUCCCGGCCAACCCCCGGAGACCCUGCGGCCGCCGACCCCCGAGAGAGCAGAGACGAGUUCCGUGGGCCGACCGGGGGUCGGGAUGAGCCGGGGCGCUGCAGAGGGCGCGGAACAGGCAACAGUAAGACACGCGAAGCGCUGCGAAGUGGCGCCGCGGGGGGACCCAGGAGGAUCAGGAGGAUCGGACUCCGAGGGAAGCAGCUGGCGGGGGGCUGCGAUCUGCACAAGGCACGGCACGGGCACAGCCUCGCAGGCUGAAGUCAUCUAGGCACGUUUGCAGACGGAGAAAAAGGCGGGCAUCGCCACAGCUCAGGAAGCGAGAAGGGCCCUCUGAGAAGGAAGUGGUCGGCAGCCUUACGCCCAGGCCUAGCCCGUGUCUUCAACUUGCAGCGAGCUGUGGCUGAUGGCCUGAGGGUGCAGCGUGGGGCCCUGGGGCACACACUGGGGCAGUGGAAGCUGCACAGUGCAGGGAGGGACAUUCCCUUCCCCACGAGGGAAGGGGAUCAGCCCUUUUCUGUUGCAGGGAUGGAGCCCAGAAGACAGGGACAGAAGGCUGACGGUGAGGUGCUCUGCCGAUGGGGCCUGGUCCCUUGGAAAGAGCCCCAACCACCCCCGACCCCACAGAAGGCUGACGGACUAGGAGAACAGCUGUCCUACCAGACCAUUCCCAGGCCUUCACGGUCACAGGCACACCAUGACCACUGCAGAUCCCCACAGGGAACAAGCCAGGGCCACAGACAAUCACAAGCCUCCACCAAGAGCCAGGCCCUCCCAGGACAGCAGACCAGCAGCCACCAAGCCAGCUAGCUCAGAGCGGAGAGACCACAUAUGUGCACCUCGAUGGGCCAAAUUCUCACCUGUAGAACUUGGCUGUGGUUUGCGAUCGUGGAUGAGAACGCCUACUGCAGGAUGGCUGUGUCAGGUGUGGUCUGUAGACGGGAGGCAGGGACUGAGGGGGUGUGGCCACUCCGUGCGGCUUAGCACCGUGUCGGCCACACAGUAGAUGCUCAUUAACGUCGUCUGCUACUCCCUGUGGCAACAGUGCCCCCAGAAGGCUCUGCAGGCCAGAAGUCAGGGGUCGUGUUGGCUUUCCUCUCCUAGAGCCCAGACUGGAGACCCUUGCUUGCCUUGGAGAUGGGCUGUCAAGUCUGAGGAGAGCUCUGGGGGCAAGACCAGGGUCAGCGGACCUGGCGGCCUCCACACUACCCUCGCAAAGGAAGAGGGGCACGCACCAGUGCACGCUGGGUUUCCUUUCCCCUUCUUUGUAUACUUAGAAGCCCUGCUUACCUUCCCUCGCCCACCCUCUCCACAUGCUUCUUGAAGGGUCUUUUGUGACUAGUCACAUAAGGCCUCACACUGCCUUGGGGAUUCUCACCCCACAAGGAGCAGGCCCCAUGCAAGAUGAGGAUAGUUCCAGCAAGACGUUCUCAGAGAAGGCAGGCCCUGGGGGACAGAACACCCCUCUUUGAGGGCACAAUGCGAGAGCAGCUCUAGAACCUCCGUUCUGGAAUCUGCCCCUGCUUUCCCAGAGCCUGCCUGGACCCACACCAGUCCACGGCUGCGUUCGCUUCCCACUCCGAGCUCUCAGCCCUGGUCACUCCCCUGCCUCUGCCCCAGUCCCAGAAAGACUUCAGAAACGGGGGUGCAGCCUCGAGGGGCCCAGGGCCCAGCAGCCUCCUCGGGCCCUGUUGCCCUAGCCCUUCUGAUCCCGGUCAGGCCUCUGCCCCGCCCCCUGCUCCUCCCACCCAAGGCCCCGCCCCCUCCCGUGGCACCCCGCCCUUCAUGAAGGGCAGUGCCCGGCGAAAGCUGGACCAGCAAAACUUCAUGGAGCAGGUGCGCGAAUGCAGGGACAACGGCUACCUGCUCUCUUCCAGGAAGAUUGGCUCUGGGGCCUUCUCCAAAGUCUACCUGGCCUACGCCACACGUGAGCGCAUGCGGCACAACCCCAAGCUGGCCUCCGACCUGCGAGGCAAACACCAUGCCAUGGUGGCUAUCAAGAUCAUCUCCACGGCUGAGGCCCUGGAGUUCUCCCAGAAGUUCUUGCCCCGUGAGAUAUCAUCCCUCAAUGCUACCUACAGGCACCUGAAUGUGGUAGGCAGAGACCCCGACAUGGCCCGUGCCCAUCCUACCGACCACAACAGCCAGCGCUCCUACUUGGUGCUGGAGUUGGCGGCCCGCAGGGACUUGCUGGAGCACAUCAACGCCGUGUCGGGCCACUGCUGCCGCCUGGGGCUGGAAGAGGAGGAGGCCCGUGGGCUGUUCAGGCAGCUGGUCAGCGCCGCGGCCCACUGCCACAGCUCUGGCAUCGUGCACAGGGAUCUCAAGUGUGAGAACAUCCUGCUGGAUGACCAGGGCCUCCUAAAGCUGACCGACUUUGGCUUCGACAACCGCUCGGGCCUCAAGGACUCGCUGCUGAGCACCUUCUGCAGCUCUGUGGCUUACGCGGCCCCCGAGAUCCUCAUGAGCAAGAAGUACAAUGGGGAGCAGGCUGACCUGUGGAGCCUGGGUGUCAUCCUCUAUGCCAUGGUGGCUGGGAAGCUGCCCUUCAAGGAGCAUCAGCCACACCGCGUGCUGCACCUCGUGCGCCAAGGCCCCGCCCUCAGGCCGGGCGUGUCCCCAGAGUGCCAGGACCUGAGCCAGGGCCUGCUACAGCUAAGGCCGCGCGCACGCCUGGAUCUGCAACACGUGGCCGCCCACUGGGGGGGGGAAAUGCUGCCCGCCACGCAUGCGCUCUUCCGCACCAUGCUCUGCUCGUCGCCAGUGAAGCCAGCCAAGUCACAGCUGCCCACAACCCCGCAUCCCACGGAGCCUGGCAGAGACUCAGAGCGUCCAAGGCCACUCCUGCAGCUCCGGCGCCCCCACCACGGGGGGACUCACCGUGGGAAUGCUUCUGGCCAGACGCCUGAGCCCCCAGAGGGAGUCCCAAGAAGAGGUGCAGGAUCUGCCCAGCGGGAGCUCCGGAGCAUGGCGGUAGCAAGCCUGGGGGUGGGCGCCUCCGGGUAGCCACUAU